AGGGGUGAGACACUGGCUGUCUUGCCUGCAGGUUAUCUGUGGACCUUGCUGGUGCUACAGCCUGCAUAUUGAAUUUUGUCUCGUAGAUUUGCUCCUUUGCUUAAAACUGCUGGUCACUUCCCUGUUUUGUGCUUGGUUUCAUUUACAGUGCUAAUUGGCAAAUAACUCACUACUCUCAUGCUUAUGCUGCUUUAUAUUUACUGCAGUCACAGUCCCUCUGUUUUCUGUUGCUGAUCAGCAUUAGAUUGUGUGAUAUGUGGGUUAUGAGAUACACCUUCACAGAAAACCUUGUACAGUUUACUAAUUUGCAAAAAAUGAGGUAGUAAUGACACUUGCUUUUAUCUCCCUACAGUAUGUGCUGGUUCUCUGCAAUUCUAUUGGCACUCCCUUGGAUCCCAAAUAUAUUGAUAUUGGGCCGUUGUUUGUCACAAUGACCAAAACGCAUGUGAUAGCAGCUUCAAAAGAAGCAUUUUAUGUUUGGCAGUAUCGUGUGGCCAAGAAGCUCACAGCAAUGGAAAUUAAUCAGGUAGCACGGACCAGAAAAGAAGGCAGGGAAAGGAUUUAUCAUAUUGAUGACACCCCUUCAGGAUCUGCAGAUGGACACCUUGAUUACAGCAGAGCUACUGAAGGAACAAGAGAUCCAAUUUGUGCAAUAACAGCAUCUGAUAAGAUACUACUUGUGGGAAGAGAAUCUGGCACUAUUCAGAGAUACAGUCUUCCUAGCGUUGGUAUGGUACAGAAGUAUACCCUGAACUGUCGUGCACAUCAGCUGUCUUUGAACUGCAACUCCAGUCGUAUUGCUAUCAUAGACCUUUCAGGUGUUUUGACUUUCUUUGACUUGGAUACACGGGUAGUAGACAGUACAGGACAGCAAGUGAUAGGUGAGCAGCUGAAACUGGAACGCAGAGAUGUCUGGGAUAUGAAGUGGGCAAAAGAUAACCCAGAUUUGUUUGCAAUGAUGGAGAAAACAAGAAUGUAUGUUUUCAGAAACCUGGAUCCGGAGGAACCUAUACAAACUUCUGGAUAUAUUUGCAACUUUGAAGAUUUAGAAAUCAAAUCUGUUCUCCUGGAUGAAGUGUUAAAGGAUCCUGAACAUCCUAACAAAGAGUACAUCAUCAACUUCGAGAUUCGGUCAUUACGAGACAGUCGAGCGUUGAUUGAAAAAGUUGGCAUUGAGGAAUCUUCCCAAUUCAUAGAAGACAAUCCACAUCCCAGACUUUGGAUGUUCGGGGAGCCCUUUGCAGCAUGGAGGUGGCUGGCUGUAGGAGAGCGGGUAUGCAGUCCAUAUUGUUACAGCCGUUUUGCAAGGACUGCCUUCUCCGAAG